AUGCAGCACGCCGGCAGCACUGAUGCAGCAACUGUGCAGCUUUCAUGCAACACUUGUGCGUCUCUGAUGCAGCAGGCGAGCGGUCCACGAAUGACUGCUGCUUGGUUCGGUGGCCUUCGAACGAAGCUAUCACAAUUGGGGUUGUUUCCCGAUUGGAUGUCACAACUAGGGAUUCGAUCACAAGACGAGAAAAUGGAUACAUCAUCCACUAGUAGCCCACAAAGUGAGCAAUCAAUUGGAGAAUACGAUGAGAGUACACUUGUUUUUCGGCCGGUUCAAUUGGAUCAUUGUGGGCAGGAAGAUGAUUCCGAACAGGUUGAUAUUUGGGAUUUCGGAGCCACUUUUCUCGCUGACCUAGAUUCGAAUCAUGUAUGGAAUGACACUAUAGAAAGGCAACACUUUGGACCUCUGAAAGAUUUGAUAACAACUGGAGGAGGGGCCAAUAAAAUAAAUAAUCACAAUUUCAAGACACAUUCCCUCCUUCAUCCAACUUGGUGUGAUAAAUGUGGUGAUUUUAUAUGGGGAAUUUUGAAAGAAGCUUUGAAAUGUGAACAUUGUAAUUACACGUGUCAUGCCAGAUGUCGAGAUCUAGUCACAUUGGAUUGCAGAUCUCCAGGAAGUUCACUUGCUUCUUCAACUGAUUUCGAUUCAAUCUACCCUCAAUUAGAUGGAACAUUAGGAACUAUUCCAAAAGGUCUCAUUCUCCCACCUGCAAUGAGUUCAAGUACAGGAUCUGACAAAGAGAAUGGGAAUGGAAGCACUGCUGGAACAUCUGCAGAAAAUCCCAUUUUCUCAGUCAAAAACUCAUUUACUCUUCCAAAAUCAUUCUCCCCAGUCGAUAGUAUCAAAAAAGAACCAAGUGCUCCACCAGAAUCACGGCUUACAACAUUACGAGUAGUUGAAAGGUAUGUGAAAGAAGAUACACCAUUCGAAUGGACGGAUGAAUAUAAAGAAUUGGAUCUCGAGAGAAAAAUAGAAGUUUAUAAUUCGAUUGCGAGAGGAAUGGAAAUCACUCUUCAUGAAGACGGAAUCAAUUUCGGAGGACACAUUCAUGUGAAUAUGAAUUUGAGUCGACCAAUCAGUGUUGUUCAAGGAGUUGUUCCACCAACAGUUUAUGAUGUUGUGAACACUGCAAAAUCAACUGCAAAAACGACUUCUUUGAGAACAAUCACUUCAUUUUUCCUCCCGAGAAAUACCACUAAAGUUAUCAAUAUCGAUAGUAAGACAACAGCAAGAAAGAUGAUUGUGACACUUUUGAAAAAGUUCCGAGUGGCCGAUAAUCCGAGAAAGUUUGCUUUGUACGAGUGUGAGCAGCAAACCGAUGAGUCUACAUGUACAUUGACAAGAAAGUUGACCAGAAUCUCUGACGAAGCAUGUCCUCUGAAAGUUGUCCUCAAUUGGCCAAGUCCAUAUUGUGGUCGUGCACUCGUUCUGCAGGAAAACGACACUGGUGAUAUUCUGUGGGACGCUUUCGAAAUUCCGGAAUUGGAAAACUUUUUGAGGAUUUUGGGGAUGGAGGAGAAGCAGUACGUCUUCCAAACGCAACAGAAAUAUCAACAAUACAGGUAUCAUCUUGAUGCGGAACUUCGUCAACGAGGUCAUUCUGUUCCGGAUUCUGAAGUGCAGCCGGUGAUUCAGACCAACCCGUUUUUGGAUGAAGAUUUUCUCCGAAAUCAAGAUGAGUACGGAACAUCGGAUAGUAUGCUAUUCUCGGGAACCAUCAAAAACGCAAUGAUGGAAGAUCCGGAAUAUGUAAAUCUCGAGUAUCUCAAGAAACAAAAUAUGGAUCAAUCAACGAAUCUAUAG